UGGGGAAAACAGAUGUGUUGAAAGCAGACGAAGGAGCUGCAGAGUGCGUCAUCUCUUGCGCCGCCUCUCUUUGCGGCGCCUCUUACCGGAUCUUGAGGAAGUGGCUCGCAGUGCGCGUCCUGGAUGUCUGGCUGCUGCACAAGACGGAUCCAGCUGGGCUGCCGGCGCCGUGGAAGCGAUCUGGAGUCGGCGAGGAAAUCUGGCUCUUUCUGCUGAGGAGUUCAAAGUGUGGUUCCUCUGAAAGGGGCUGUCAGCGCGUUUCCAGAGAGCCGUAGGUACUGAAAUAUUAAUACUGAGCAAGCUGUCAGCGCUCCUGUCCUCAGCCUCAGUCCGACACCUCUGGCUUCAUCACGGCGGGAUUACAUUUCCCGUUUGAUUUCAUCCUGUUCCGCUGCUGCGCUCCUUGUUAUCCACGCGAUUUCUGAACAAAGUCACCCCACACAUCCCAAAUCUUGUGACUCAAGAUGAACUGGGCUCCUGGUGUUCAGUGUGUUGCCAAGUCUGACAACAGGAAAGCUAAACCCGGAGAGUUGCUUUACCACAAAGGAGACAUUCUCACUAUAGUUAAUACAAGCACGAAGAAGGGAUUUUACGUUGCCAGACACAACAGCACAGCAGAGGAGGGGCUCAUAAACUCCAGCAACGUGCGAGAGAGAGAGGCGCUACGGGUCGACCCCAGCCUCAGCAUCAUGCCCUGGUUUCACGGGAAGAUCUCCGGUCCGGCUGCGGUGGGGAAGCUCCAGCCAGCCGAGGAUGGCCUCUUCCUGGUGCGCGAGAGUAUCCGCCAUCCGGGCGACUACGUCCUUUGCGUCAGCUCCUCCAGUGAGGUCUUCCAUUACCGAGUGAUUUACCGGGACAACAAGCUGACCAUCGACAACAAAGAGUACUUCUACAACCUCAUUGAUAUGAUCGAAUUUUACUCAAAGAACAAAGGCUCCCUCGUCACAACGCUGGCGAAGCCCCGGAAGAAACAAGGAGCCAAGUCAGCUGAGCAGGAGUUGUCUAAAUCUGGCUGGCUGCUGGACAUUACAAAGCUGGUUCUGGGAGAAAACAUUGGAGAAGGAGAAUUUGGAGCUGUAUAUCGGGGAGAGUACAUGGGCCAGAUGGUGGCAGUGAAGACCAUAAAAUGUGACGUCACAGCUCAGGCCUUCAUGCAGGAAACGGCUGUUAUGACGAAGCUGCAGCACAAAAACCUGGUAAGGCUGCUGGGCGUCGUCCUUCACAAAGGGCUCCACAUCGUCACUGAGCUCAUGACCAAGGGAAACCUUGUGAAUUUUCUCAGGACAAGAGGGCGAUCGGUUGUGAAAUGUAACACGCUGCUGCGCUUUUCUCUAGAUGUGUGUGAAGGGAUGGAGUACCUGGAGUCAAAGAAGCUUGUCCACAGGGAUCUGGCAGCGCGAAACGUCCUGAUCUCUGACGACAGCGUGGCAAAGGUCAGCGACUUCGGCCUGGCAAAGGUGGACUCCAAAGAGUCAGACAAGGCCAUGCUGCCGAUCAAAUGGACUGCUCCUGAAGCUCUGAAGAAAGAAAAGUUCUCCACAAAGUCAGAUGUUUGGAGUUAUGGUGUUCUUCUGUGGGAGAUCUUCUCGUACGGUCGGCAGCCUUAUCCUAAGAUGUCUCUGUCAGAAGUGAGGGAGAAAGUGGAGGGAGGCUAUCGCAUGGAGGCUCCGGAGGACUGUCCUCCCAGCGUUUACGCCAUAAUGAAGCUCUGCUGGGAGCAGGAGCCGCGGAAGAGACCCAGUUUUUCCAAACUGAGGGAGAAAUUUGAGCAGGAACUGAGCAAAAUGAGCCCCGGCCCUGUGGCCGGGUGUCGAGAAGCAGCGAAGACCGGACCAAGGAGCUGAGUUCAAGUGUUCAGCCUGCAUCUGUGAAGCACCAGCACUUAAUUUAUUUGGGCAUGUCCUCGUCUGUUUGGAGACAUAAAAGAGUCCUCGGUGGGAUAAAGACUCUGAAACCAGAGUAAUUUAUGGACUGGUAACAACGGUCACACUGACGAUGAGGACGAGCGAACCAGACCCACUGCUUGGGCUCAUGCCCCAUCCAGUUAUUGUGCCACUGAAAGGAUUUGUCUGGCAUUGGGUUCACCUGUUCUGCCCAAACUGAGUAAUCUGAGAAACCUCUCCCACAAAGAAGUUAAAAAUAAUCCCGCUCCACGAAAGAAAACAGAUUUAGCUUUAUUUACAAAGCAGAUUUUAAACAGCAGCUGUUGACCAAAGAGGAAUUCAUUAAAAUUACCAAAAAGGGAAAAUGCAGCAGCGCAAAAAGAUAAUGGAAGACAAUAUGAAACAAAUGGUAACUAUCAUGAUAACUACCAAAACAAAACGAACGCCGUUCUUAUUGAACGUACUUAUUGAAAAAUGUAACUCUGCAAGGAUCUCUAGGGCCUUAUUUUUAGCAAAAGCUGAACUCCUCCUUGAUUAGGACGCUGCUGGGUUUUAAUGUACAAUGAAAUAUGUUAUCGUAAAAUCUACUUCAGUAUUUUGAUUGUGUUCUUCCUAAUUUAUGCAGAGACAUAUAACUUCAGGUACACACAAUCAGAACAUCAUUAUUUAGCAUUUUGAAGCAUUUCCCUCUUUAAACAUUAGAUGUGAUGUGCUUCUGACUGUUCUAUAAGAGUGACCUCGAUGGUGAGAUCGAAAAAGACACUCCCAGGGUUUAAAAGAUCUUUCUGAAGCCUUCAGAAAGAAGAAUUUAGCAGUUUUUGCUUCUGGUAAGGGGUUUAAAGAGCUCUCAAAAGAAAUUGAAGUUAGCCAUCCCACUGUACAGAAAGUAAUCUACUACAAGUGGAGGACAUUGAGGGCGACAGCCAACAUCCCUGGGAGUAGCUGUCCAAGGUAGUUCACCCUGAAAGCAGACCGCAAGAUGCUGAAAGAAGUCACCAAAAAGCCGGAAACAUAAUCAAGUUCACUACAGUCGUUCUUGAUGAUGUUGAUGUGAGACUACAUCUCUUUUACACUUGACAGAGAAAAGAAGCUGCAGCAGCCAAUACGGUUAUCUUUCACUGUACACUUUAUUCUUAGAUUUUCCGGAGAGACUCCUGAGAUCAGUGAAACAUAUCUUAGCCUACAGCUUUGCAGGUCGAGCAUGGCAAAAAAAAAAAGAGACCCUGGCGGUUGAAGCUCUUAUAAUAUUGCAGACAUGGCAGCAACGUUAAGGAUCAGGAGACAGAGUUCAGCUAGUUACAAGUUAUUUUAGUGCUUUAAUAAUUUAUAUGAGCGUCCAGCGAGCAAUAAAAGAAAUGUAGCAGCAGCAAAAAAGUUUUUUUUUCUUAGAUGUUGAUUUUUAUAGCAUGUAAAGUGUAAAGAGUUUUACUGUUUGUUUUAUGAAGAGAUUUAACCGACCGUGUUUUAACUUUUCCUGGAAUGAAGCACGAUUUUGUUUCUUUUAAGAACAUCAUUUAGUUCUGGAUCUUCCCGGGGAUUUAUGUGUAUUUUCAAAAGCAAACAAAUUGCUGAUUUUUGUCCAGCAGCAGAGUCAUCAGAUACGUGGGAGCACUUUGAUUCAAUUCGUUCAAAUGUAAUUUUUUUCCUCCAUGAGACUAAAUCAAAGGGAAAUGAACAUUUAUUCCUGCUUUCCUUCCCCUCUUUCAAUAUUGAGGUUAGAAGAGCGAUUUGUGUUAUCCCCCCGUCCUCCUGGGACAUCUUGGGCUUUUGUAGGUACUCAAUAUUUUUGUGCUUCUCUAAUCUUGGGGGAACAUUUUCGAUGAUACACGUGUUUUGUGUAUCGCAACCUACAUAUGAUUUAUUCCAGCAUUUUUUUGAUCGUUGUCUGCUUUUUUUUUUUUUUUUUUUUUUUUAAACAAAACAUAUAGUACAAAAUGUUAAUUUUCCCAGUAAUACUAACAUAUUUCCACAGUAAAUCUCACCACAGAAUUAAGCCUCUUUUGUGGGAUUGUUGUCAUGUCACAAGACCAAAUUAAAGAUGUCAUUUGACAUAA